UGCACUAUUUAAGUCCGACGGACCAGAGACCGUUAUGUUCACCUGCAUUUCUCGGCUCAGUUAACAUCCAAGUGCAAGAAUGAAUCCUGUUGCCGUGUUUGGCUCUCUUGGUCUUCUGCUCAUCAUGCAAGUCACCUUAGUCCAAACUUCCUCUUCAACAAGCGAGGCAACCACAGUCGAGACACCCACAACAAUGAAUGAAUCGACUCCUACAUCAGAGGCAGCAACUGCAUCAACAGUGGCAUCAACUGCAUCAACAGUGGCAUCAACUGCAUCAACAGUGGCAUCAACUGCAUCAACAGUGGCAUCAACUGCAUCAACAGCGGCAUCAACUGCAUCAACAGCGGCACCAACUGCAUCAACAGCGGCACCAACUGCAUCAACAGCGGCAGCAACUGCAUCAACAGCGGCAGCAACUGCAUCAUCCGCUGCACCAAGUACAUCAACAGCUGCAACAAGUUCAUCAGCGACAAAUACUACAGUAUCGUCUAAUAAUAACAACGCCGCACGACUGUCGAUGACCUGGUUGCCAAGCAGCAUCUCAAUGUUCAUUGGUCUUCUAGUGGUCGCCUUGCACAAUAGAGGAUAGGUGUAAAGUGUGUAAAGUUGCAACAAGUUCAUCAGCGACAAAUACUACAGGUCAUAACCCAUAAUAACGUACAAUUAAUAGCAUAAUGUUUUUGUAAAUAUUGUUUAUUCUCUAGAUUUCUGUUAUAUCUUAUUUGUGUUUUCAGUAUCGUCUAAUAAUAACAACGCCGCACGACUGUCGACCACCUGGUUGCCAAGCAGCAUCUUAUGUUCAUUGGUCUUCUAGUGGUCACCUCAAUCAAUAGAGGAUAAGUGUAAAGUAUAUAUCUAGCUGUGUUGAUAAGUAUGUAACAAUUACAAUAUGUAGCAUGUGUGUCCCUUCAGUCGACCUCAGUGACAAUAUUUCUUCCCUCUGCAUUACAGUGUUGCAGUCUCUCUCUCUCUAUGUCUCUCAUUGUAUUGCAGUGUCACAGUCUCUCUAUUUCUCUCUCUCCCUCUAUUACUCCACCUGGAUGAUUCCAAUGUGAACCAAGUUACAUCUUGGGGAUUUUGUUUCCUUAAAAAGAAAAGAAGACCUUUGUAUAUUUACAUCUUUUGCAAACAUCUUUUAAUUCUUUUUAGGUGAAAUGGUAUCAGCCAGGUACUUUACUGUACCAGAAAUUCAGUAUUAUUUACCUUUAUAUAGCGUUUGCCUUUUUUUAUUACUUUUUUAAUGACAAAACUCGAUCGUUUAUAGUGUACACAAAUAACCAGAAAUCUUCUCAUUGAAAAUGAAAUUUCCAAGUUUACAUUAAAUGUUAGUGUUGUUAAAUUUAUAUAUAUAUAUACACACACACUCAGAUUCCAGUGGUCAUAUUAUGCCAUAUUGCGGCAAACAAAAGAUGUGUUGUGUUUGUAUUUAACAGCACUCCUAACACACUUCUGACAAACAAGGUUUUCACCAGAACUUUCGUUGUUACUGUUUUUACUAUCUAUUACUGUACAUGGAAGAUCUCAAUAUGAACCAGGUUACACCCUGGGGAUUGUGUUCUUUAACAAAGAAAAAAGACCUUUGAAGACUUACAUAUUUUGCAAACGUCUUUGUUUUCUCAAAUGAACUGUUAUCAGUCAGUUACCUCACAAUAACAAAUAAACAGUAUUAUUUACCUUU